AUGACUGGCGAGCAGCAUGAAGUGGCAUGCCCGCGCAUCGUCAAGGACUAUCAGACCUACAUGGGCGGCGUGGACUUGUGCAUCAAGGACAAGAACUACUACAAGUCCCUGUUUCUCGGACUCGUGGGUCUCGACAUUAUCAACGCAUUCAUCGUCUUCAACGCUCGACGCGCAGCCAGCAAUCUCCCAAAGCUUAGUCACGUCAAAUUCUUGAAGCAACUCCAUUUGGAGCUAUGUCAGCUCCAUGAGGAAGACUGGGAGGCGUUACAGAGCAACGAGCGCUUCCAGGCGACGCCGUCCAAGCCGCGGCAGCUCAGCAAGGCUCAAGCAGCGCACCAGCCUGUACAGAACGACGAAUGGCGCCCGGGGAACAACCAGCAGGGGCGGAAGAGACGUGCGCGAGUGUGUAAAGUCUGCUCGCUGCUCAAAGGCAACAGCAAUGCUCGUGGAGGCGAUUCUUCCGUGUAUUGCAGCCAGUGCAAGCUGCCGAACGCGUCCAAGAAGCCCAUGGUAUGGCGAGUGUUUCUCUGCGAGAAGGUACGGCACACCUACAAUGGGUCUGCCAUGUCGUGCUUCGACUUCUGGCAUAAAGCCUGGCGGAACGGUACGCUGCUGCCUAAGAAGGCGGCGAAGCGCAAGAUCCGCGCGCGUGCACCGGCACGCAGCGGGAACGAAAAUGAGGAGAAGGACAAUGGUGGGAGUGUGCAGUCGUCGAGUGUUGAGUCCACGACAGGCGGCCCGCAUCUGCCAAAGCGAGCUCGUGUCGCUCCGGAUGCUGUGAUGCGUGAUUGA